AUGAUAAACUCGAUACGGUUAUUAUCCACUCAAGCUAGCAACAAUCUUACUCAUUACCAGAUAUUAGAUAUACCUGCAACAGCAUCGAUUAAAGAAAUCAAACUUCAGUUUAAGAAACUACUGAAGAAAUAUCACCCAGAUUUAAACCAACAUUUAUCAGAUGAUGAGAGGGAUGCCAUAAAGGAGAAAUAUAUGCAGAUGAUCAGCUCCUAUGAGGUAUUGAAGGAUUUGAAACGGAAAAAAGCCUACGAUCAAUCAAUCAAUUUGAAUCAUAAACGUGAAUGGAACAACAAGUAUUAUGGGGAAGCUAAAUAUCAUUCAAAAACCAAUAAAUCAUAUAAUUACACGUCUCUGGGACUAAAUACUAAACGACAUAAAGUUAGGUUCCACAAUGGAUAUACUCCAGAUAAUACCAACGCUAAUGCCAAAUUCACCGGAGAACAUGUAAACUAUGGCGACCGAUAUGACGUGCCUCAUUUUGAUUACGAAAAGCAUCUAAAUCGAAAUUUGAAAUUUGAGCAACGAUUAAUUGAUAAAUACUUGGACCAAAGCACUCAGACCAAAAUAUUAAAUCAAAUCACUCGAUCAAACCACGAUGAUAUUCUGCAAGAAUUAAAAACCAAACAUUUACUACGUCAUGUCAACAUGAUCAGGAAUACUAACACUUCUUAUUCGGGAUCGACUUCCUCACCGAAAUAUGGAGAAUCAACUACUUUCAACGGAUCAUCUGCAUCAACGGCUUUUCAUCAAAAUAUUUAUCAAAAACCUCGUUCUACCGAUGAAGAUUCCUCCAUGUUCAAAGCAUUUGCAAUACUUGGUGGUGCAGGUAGUUCGCUAUAUUUGCUUUACCAGGUGGUAUUCUAA